AUGGGCACGCGGAGCCGUGUCCGGGUGGCCAAGUGCCAGCUUCUGGUCACCAGCCUCUUUGUCAUGCUGCUGGGCCUGUCGCUGGCCGCGCUGGCCGCGCUGACCUACUUUGGGGCCCCCUUUGCCGCCGCGGGCCACGGCUCCCCCGAGAGACUGUCCUUCCAGGCCUCGCCGCGCUGGGGUGAGUGCGGCGGGGCGCAGUGGGCACAGCGGCCCGGAUGUGGCUUUGGGCAACGCUGGGGGUUCUCGGGGAGCACAGGAAGCCCCAGGGGGCGGGGGACAGCCCGUAGGAUGUGGGGGAGGGGGCCCCAGAGCCAGCCCAGCAGCCCACCCAGAGGAAGCAGGGGCCUGGGUUGGCCGAUAAGGAAGCAAGGGCCACCCCACCCCUCCCGGCCCCCAGGCCCAUACCCCGGGGGCGCAGCGGAGAGAACUCGGGGUGGGCGCCCUGACCGUCCUCUCCCCCCAGCAUUCCUCGCGGGCCUCUGCCUGGCUGCGCUCCUGGGCCUGGGCGCGGUGCUGAGCGUCGUGGCUGCCCUGCGGGAGGCGGGGGGCCUCAUGGCAGGGGGUUUCCUGAGCUUCGCCCUGGUCUUCUGUGCCCUGGUGCAGGUGGCCUUCUGGAGGGCCCGCAACCCUACCCAGGUAGAGGACGCCUUGCUGGACGCCUACGAUGCCCUGUACGAGCGGGCAGUGCACAGCGCGCCCAGCGGCGGCCACCAGGAGCUGGCGGCCAUCCAGGACGCGUUCCAGUGCUGCGGGAAGAGCUCGCCGUUCAGCCGCCUGGGGAGCGCCGAGGCGCACCUGUGCCAGGGGGCCUCGGGGAGACAGGUGUGGGCGGGGCCUGGCGUGGGCGGGGCCUGGUGUGGGCGGGGCCUACGAGAGCUGGCGAGGACCGAAGGUCAGAUCCCCGCACUGCCCCUUCCUCCUCCCUCGAGCCGGGGCUCCCCAAACCAACCCAGGGCCCUGGAAGCCUCUAGAAGCUCAGGGUCUGGGGUCCGCAAAGCAGAGCCAUUGGCUCUGCCUGGGGGUCGGGUGUUCACGGGCGGGUGGGGGGCCACUGAUCCGCACCCCUCCCCGCAGGACUGCCUGCGGAGCAUCCGGGACUUCCUGCGCAUGCACGGGAACGUCGCCUCGGCGCUCACCGGCCUGGGUCUCGCUGCCACGGUACCGCCGCCCUGCCCGGUGGGGGGUCCCGGGCCGGGUGCAAGGGCCUACGCCAUGCUGCUCUGCUCCUUCCUCUGGUUCGCCAUCCGCGCGGGCCGCGGCCUGGACCGGAAAGGCCAGUACGCCCUGAGCCCCAGGUAGGCGCUGCCCAGCCUGCUCCCCGGCCCCGCCAAGCGCCCUCACGAGCUGCCGGCCCCGCCCCACACUCCAGAACCUUCUCUCCCGCUG